UAUGGCCCAUAAAUGACCAACCAAACUCCUCAAUCGGUUGCUCCUCCUCCCACAAACAUCGUCAUCAAAAUCAAAACUUAAAUCUUUGGAACGUUAAUCCGAUUCCCAUUUCGCAUUUACCAUUUCUAAUUCCCUAACCCCCAAAUUCCCUCCCAUCAUGCCAUCAACCACGCCCUCCCCCACCACAAGAAAAGAAGCCCUCCUCCUCCGCCGCUACGAGAUCGGCCAUGUCCUCGGCCAAGGCAGUUUCGGCAAAGUCUACGUCGCUCGCAACGUCAAAACCAACGAACAAGUCGCCAUUAAAGUCAUCGACAAAGAGAAGAUUUUGAAAGGCGGUUUAAUCGCUCACAUCAAACGCGAAAUCUCCAUCCUCCGCCGUGUCCGACACCCCAACAUCGUCCAACUCUUCGAGGUAAUGGCUACAAAAACCAAAAUUUUCUUCGUCAUGGAAUACGUAAAGGGAGGUGAAUUGUUUGGUAAAGUCGCUAAAGGUAGAUUAAAAGAAGAAAUGGCUCGAAAGUAUUUUCAACAACUAAUUUCCGCUGUAGGGUUUUGUCAUUCACGAGGUGUUUUUCAUAGAGAUUUAAAACCUGAAAAUAUAUUAUUAGACGACAAUGGUGACCUAAAGGUUUCCGAUUUCGGGCUUAGUGCAAUCUCCGAACAAAUAUGCGGUGAUGGUUUGUUCUACACAUUUUGUGGAACUCCGGCGUACGUCGCGCCGGAGAUUUUGGGCCGAAAAGGUUACGAAGCAGCGAAAGUCGAUAUCUGGUCUUGUGGGAUCAUCUUAUUCGUGUUAAUGGCAGGUUAUUUACCAUUUCGUGAUCAAAACAUAAUGAUUAUGUAUAAAAAGAUUUACAGAGGAGAAUUCCGGCGACCAAGAUGGUUUUCACCGGAGCUAUCACGUUUAUUAAAACGAUUACUUGAUACAAACCCAGAAACCAGAAUCACCAUAUCGGCAAUCAUGGAAGAUAAGUGGUUCAGAAAAGGGUUUAAACACACAAAAUUUUACUUCGAAGAUGACAAGAUCUUUAGCUUAAAAGAUGAAGAAGUUGACGAUGAUUGCAUAGCGUAUGCUUCUGAUCAAUCUGCUACCGAAUCUGAAAGUGAAUCAGAUGGUAAAAGACGAUCUAGACCCAUGAGUUUAAAUGCAUUUGAUUUGAUUUCAUUUUCACCUGGAUUUAGUCUUUCUGGGCUAUUUGAAGAUGGAAGUGAAGAAUCAAGAUUUGUCACCGGAGCUCCGGUUUUUAAAAUUGUUUCAAAGCUGGAGGAGAUAGCAAAAGUGGUUAGUUUUUCAAUGAGAAAAAAGGAUUGUAGGAUUAGUUUAGAAGGGUCAAGGGAGGGUGUUAAAGGCCCAUUAAUAAUUACAGUUGAGAUAUUUGAAUUAACCCCAAGUUUAAGAGUUGUAGAAGUUAAAAAGAAAGCAGGGGAUAAAGGCGAAUAUGAAGAGUUUUGUGAGCGGGAAUUAAGGCCCGGAUUGCGACCUUUGAUGCAUCCCGGGACUUGUGGACCUAAACGGACGGUUUCUGCUCCCGAAUGAAGAAAGAAAGAAGGGGUAAAACCGUAAAACAGUAAAAUGGUAUGGUGUUAUUGUGUUAUUUUACCUCUUUGGUCGUGUUAAUUAUCUGUUUCUUGAUGCUAAAAUGCUAAUUUUUAAAGUAGAAGUUCUUUGAUCUUUUGAUCUUUUGUUAUUGGUCAUAUGGUUAAAUGGGAUUCAAUGGUUUUAUCUA